UAGUGUUGAAGCUGUGCUAGGUUACAUCAUCUCGCUGCUCGCAGUGACCGUAACAAGCGCCCCUCCGUCGCCCUCGCCGCCACCCUUGUGACCGCAGUGCCGGGAGGAAAGGAUUGCUUGAGACACUCAGUGGAACAUAAUCACCGCAAUGUAGCUAAGUGGAGUGCGGUGGACGUCCGAGCUCUCACUCUCACACACACAUGAGGAAGCCCACACCUCACGCAGGUCGUCGGUCGCUCUGUCUCGCGCUGACCGCUCCACUACAACCACCUGUACGACCUCUCUCCUGCACCAGCAGUGCUCCACCUUGACUUUUCCCCUUUCCGAGUGUGCCGUGAACCCAAACAGUGAGCCAGGAUGGAUAUGAGUGGCAUGGACCAGGCUGGGCAGGCCGCAGGGGGCUAUAUGAACCGGUGGUACGAUGGCUCAGAAGGAGGCCACUCGGGCCUGCACCAGGACUACUACAACAGUAUGGCACAAGCUAUGCACUGUGCAUAUGGCAACAACAUGGCCGCCAGGAUGGGCUCCGGACAGGUGUUCCGCCCUCACUUCGCCUCCCCGCUCCACCCGUGGCUCGGCGGCGACAAGUCCGUGGUGGGCGGCUCCUCUCCGUCAUGGCACUCGCCCUUCACAAAGCCCGCCCACUACGCCCACGCCCACUCCUCCACGUCGCCCGCGCCGCACUCCAACUCCUACUCGUACACGUCGUCGGGGCUGUUCGCGUCGGCGUUCUCCAAGGACGAUGGCAUGGCGGGCGGCGCGGGGGGCGGCGCGCCCGUGUCAGACUACUCGAUGGCGGGCGGCGGCGGCGACGGCUCCGACCUGAAGAGCGCGCCCAUGCUGUCCCCCCUGGGCGCCUGUGCCAACAAAAGCGGGCGUGAAGAGGGGCGCGAGUGCGUGAACUGCGGCGCCACGUCCACUCCGCUAUGGCGGCGCGACGGCAACGGCCACUACCUGUGCAACGCCUGCGGCCUCUACUACAAGAUGAACGGCCAGAACCGGCCGCUCAUCAAGCCCAAGCAGCGCAUGUCAGCGCAACGGCGGGCAGGGACCAGCUGCGCCAACUGCAAGACGACCACAACGACGCUCUGGCGACGUAACCAGAACGGAGAGCCAGUGUGCAAUGCCUGCGGACUCUACUACAAACUACACAAUGUGCCUCGGCCGCUGUCCAUGAAGAAGGAGGGCAUCCAGACGCGAAACCGCAAGCUCAGUUCUAAGUCGAAGAAGAAGAAGGGCAUGCUGGGCUUCCCCGAUAUGCUGAAGCCUCUGGACAAGGGCGGCUUCGGCGGCUUCGGCACCGGCGGCUCCGGCUUCGGCUCCAUGUCCCACUACAUGUACGGCGGCCAGAUGCACGGCUCCUCCAUGGCGGGCGGCUUCAUGUCGGCGCCGCCCAUGCACGGGAUGUCCGCCAUGUCGGGCGUGGGGCUCGGCCUCUCCUCCACCUCCCAGAUCCAGAUCCCCUCCGCGUCCAGCUUAGGUCUUUCGUCGUCUAACAGUAUAGUGGGCGCGAUGGCCUAGGGACACGCCUCCGCCGACGGCCGCAGCAGUUUGCUAGCCAGUCUCAGCCGCGAGGGCGCCGCAUCCUUCACCUCCGCCCCCCAGUCCAUGGAGUUGGCGGAUCCUCAGCCCUCGUACAGCGGCGCCCACUUGUACCCCUCUGAGAGCGCCGCCUCCAGUGGGAACAACAGUGGAAGAGGCGGGGUCGGGCAAGCAGGGUGUGGGGACGGGGGCGGCAACGGUGGGUUCCUGGGCUCGAUGCCCCCCCACCUGGCCUCCUCGUCCGCCUCCUCCUCCGCCACCUGAUGCGGUGCUCGUAGUCGUCGUGCGGACCAACAGCACAGCCCAACCGGCGUCCAUGUCUUUCAGGUGCUAGUGAUAGGCAGUGUGUCCAGGGUGUGCGCCGCCGCCACACUCCAAUACUCCAGCGUACUCUUCACCUCAUUCCACUGACACUGUGAUUUUCAUAACCUUUCUGAGGUCACUAUUUAUUUGAGGGUCGCGGGAGACAGAGCUGGUCUCUAGGGGACUGCAGGACCAAGUCUUCCCUGGCGCCGCCUCACACACACAUACACACACACACACAGUGGAGACCAUACGCGAGGAACCCAGAUCCUCCAUGCCAUUAUUCAGGACUCUCGAGCCGUGUGGUAUAUAUGUACAUAUAUACUUAACCGAACUUUUCGUUCUCCCGAACAGUAUGGACUCGAACCCAGUGUUAAGUUGAGUCAGCCCUUCUCAUUUCAGCCCCUGCGGCAGCGUGCGGGUAUUACGGCCCUCUUGUUUUACCUUUACUUUGCACAGCGGCAAGGUCGGACUCUCAAGUCCUCUCUUAGAAACUUCAAAUUAACCCCUGGCUUUUAAAGUCGGUUUCUGAUAUUAGUAGCAUCUACUAAACAGUGAAUAACGUAUAAAACCUUGAGCCAAUGUAAAAGUUCAGAAUGACUCCUGGCCGGGAAGAGGUCAUGAGGUUUGUUUUUGUUUGUUUGUUUGUUUGUCAGAUGGCGCACGUGGCGUGUACAGUACGAAUGGCGAGUUGUAGAUAAGUGACUGAAUGUAAAUUUGUUUAUCUCUAUAAUUACUAGUCGGCUAUUUUUAUUAUAACGUGUUUCCCUAUUGGAUUACCCUGGCCAAAACAUUGAGUAAUGUGAUGCAUAUGUUUCAUAUGAAAUUUGCUUGUGAUUAAUAUAUAUACAUAGAUACAUAUAUGAUUUCUCUUGUACUAAAACAUAUGUAAAUUGGCGUAAGUAUAAGAUACAAUGUAACUCACGUGACAGUGGAUGCACGACCGGGACAUUCAGCACACGCAUUUCUGGGAACACAUUUUUUUCUUUCGUUUUUCUUCAUUUUUCUUGAACAUCAGUUGAUUUCCUCCUUCAACGUGCGGCGUGCUGAGUGCCGAGGUCCCCAUCUGCGUCACGGCAAGGUCACUGGCUAGGGUAAAAAAAUAUUUCUGUGGUUUCUGAACUAUUUAUGUAGUGCGCGACGAUGCUUUCUCUGUGAAGUGUCUCAUUUGUUUUAACCAUGAAUAGCAUUGAGGAGAAUAUUGCAUGUAUUGUUGAUGCGGUCGUCGAUCACAUAGCUCUUCUGUAUCGUGUCAAUACGGUUCACAGAUUGAACUGUUUGCAUUGAGACGAUAACCUUUAUCGACAUGGUCCUCCAAGAGCGGUCGCCGGCGGUGUUGUCACUUGUAACUCCAAACUGUCAGGAGAGAAUUUUUUUCUCCCUUCGGUCAUGAAAAAGAAAAUUAUCUCUGUUGGAGGACACGGAAUUAUGAACGCUAACGAAGGGUAUAGUAUGGUUCAUUAUGUUGAAAAAAGGAAAAAUAAAAAUCUGAAAAGCAUAUAAGAAGAAACUGUACACAAAUCAUGUCUCAUCUUAUUUUAUGUAAUUAGACCUAUUCAUAAUUGCUGUUGGUUUUAAGUGAAUGAAUCAGUAAAAUUAAUAAAUUAAUAGAUAUAUAGCCAUACACAUCCUUCAAUGAAUACCUUAAUUCCAGUGUUCCUUCACAGCAAUCUUGGGACUACCAUUUUCAUAACUUUGUAAGUACAACAACGUUUGUGAUUCUGAAAAAAAAAAAUCUGUAUGAAUAAAAACCUUGACCAAAUGCUUCCGUGUUAAUUAAUUAAAAGGCGAACACUUCAAGUCACAACGAAAUUGAAAUCUAAACAAAUGUGUAUAGAAGAAAAAAUGGCAUCACAGUAUUUAUGUUUUUGAUUUAAUAAAGAUUUGUAUAAUGA